AUGGCUUCAAAUCAACCAAUUAUGCCAAAGAUUAAUAGUCCAUUGGGUAUAUUACGUACUUCUCAAGCAGUUGCAUCUGAUAUCACCAUUAAUAUUAUUUUAUAUAUAUUGAUUUAUUCAAUCAUUUAUUUAUUUCGUCUACGAAAUUAUUUCCUUCAAUUAAAUCAUUAUUUUAUUACGUUAAUAUUAUUGACAUUAGAAAUUUUAUGGGUUAUUUUAUAUAUCAUUAUUAGAUUAAUUUAUUUGAUUUAUAAUACUGUUAAUGAUUCUAAAAUUAAUGAUUAUCGGUAUAAUACUCAUGGGAUUUUACGAACUUUUAUAAUUCAUAAUCAAUUUUGGAAAUUUGACCAUAACAGUAAUAAUAAUAAUAAUAAUAGUAAUAAUAGUAAUAAUUUAGUAAUGAAUUCUAUUUUUAAACAUGGUCCUAAUAUAUUUUUAGAUAUUCAAGAUGAUUUAAUAAUUCCUAAUUUGAUUAAUGAUGGUAAAGAUAUAAUUAUUCCUGUGGGUAAUGAUAUUGAUAUUGACAUUGAUGAUGACGAUAAUGAAUCUUCAUUAGCUUCAAAUAUUUCAAAUUCAACAAGAAUUAAAACUAAAUCUAAUUUCACUAAAUGGGCUAGACAUGGUCAAUUUGCUCCUUCCGCACCUCCUCCUCCUCCUCCUUUAUCAUCAUCAGCUUCGGUAAAUUCUUUAAAUAAAUUGAAAUCAAAAAUUAAACCAAAAAAUAAUCAAUAUUAA